AUGCCAAAGAAUAAGAAAACAGAAUGGCAAGUAGGAGAUCCUACAAUAAGCGUAGUGAGCGAUCAAUUCUGUAAUCCAUACCCAAUGGAUCUAAUGGUGACGAGGAAAAAUCAAAGUUUCUCAAAAGAACAUUACCAAGUGUUUGAUCCAAGUGGAAACCUCCUCUUACAAAUUGAUGGACAAGCUUGGGGGAUUAACCGUAAAAGGGUUAUGACUGAUCCAGCUGGUUUCACAAUCCUCACAAUGCGCCAAAAGGGAAUGGCGUUGAAGAACAAAUGGGAAGUGCAUGGAGGAGAGAGUAAAGAGAGAGAAGACUUGCUGUUCACGGCACAUCAAUCUUCAGCAGUCUCGUUGAAAACAUCUGUGGAUGUUUUCUUGGCAGAGAACAACAAUGUCAAGAAGAGCAGUACUUGUGAUUUUCAUGCUUCAGGUGGAUACUCUAAUAUCUCAUUUAAAGUCUUCAAAUCAGAUGCUCUCAUCGCUGGGGUAGGGGUUACGCAUAAGUUUGCAUGGGGAAGUUUCUGUAAAGGGAAAUGUAACUUUAGGGUGAGAGUAAAUCCAGAGGUGGAUUAUGCUUUUAUCAUUGCUUUACUUGUUAUGGUUGAUGACAAUGAGAAUUGA